AUGUUUACAAAUAAAGAUAACUUUAAAAUUUAUCAAAAAAUACAAGAAGUGAGAAAAAUGUACUCUUAAUUUAAACAAAGUGUUGUUAUUUAACUUGAAAAACUUGAAAAUUAAAUUGAAACAAUUAUUUAUGAACUUUCUCAAAGAGAUGUACUUGAUUAAAUGUAUGAUAAAACAAUUGAAAAUGAUAAUUCUGUUGUAAGUGACGAAUUAGUAUAAGAAGUAGUUUAAGUUUGGAAUAAAAUAUGUUAUCAGAAAAAUGAUGAAUAUUUUCCAAAGUUUAAUGAUCAAUUAGUGAUAAAAAUUUAAAAAACAUUAAAAUUCUGGGAAUAAUAAAUAUAAGAUACAUUGUAAAUGGAUUUAGGCAUCAUUCCAAGAUAUCCAGAAUAGUAUUAUAAAUUUGAUGCUAAUGCAAAGUUUCCAAGCAUAUAAAUUAUUGAAGAAGCUAUUAUAGAGUAAACUUAAAGUUAAACUCACUAUUGUUUUGCACUUGUUGAUGAAAGAUUGAGUUAAUUAGAACCUAGUUCAAUCAAAUUCAAAUUUCCCAAAUUCUGUGGAGAUAUUGGAGUUGGAAUUGGUGAUUUAUAAAUUCUUAAAACAAAAAAUUUUAGACCUCAGUUGAAUUAGAUUAAUAAUGGAGCUUUUGUUUGCUUUUAAGACUCAUGUAAAAUUUUACAUCACAAUAGACACAAUAAAUACAGAGUAAGAUGAUUUAAAUUGGAAGACUAAAGGUUUUAGAUUUGACUAGAACGAUAUUAUUGAAGUAUCUUAUGAACCUAAUAUUAAAAGGGUAACUUGGAAGAAAGCUAAAGUAACUUAUUAGAUUAAAUCAUAGAAUCAAAACGAAGGAUAUUAAAUGACCUUAUAAAAUGAUAAAAGAGAAUUGCAUUUUUGUGUUAUUGUUAAAACCCAAGGAGCUAAAGUAGAAAUAGCCAAAGAAUGA